AAACAUUUUGAAUUGUCUUGUUGCUGAAAUGUGCUACGUAAACACGGGGGAGGUACAUCGCGACUUGGGCGUCCUUGUACAUCGGUCACUGAAAGUUGGCGUGCAGGUACAGCAGGCAGUGAAGAAAGCUAAUGGAAUGUUGGCCUUCAUAAUAAGAGGAUUUCAGUAUAGGAGUAAAGAGGUUCUUCCGCAGUUGUAUAGGGAUCUGAUGAGACCACAUCUGGAGUAUUGUGUACAGAUUCGGUCUCCUAAUUUGAGGAAGGACAUCCUUGUGAGUGAGGCAAUGCAGCGUAGGUUCACGAGAUUGAUCCCUGGGAUGGCGGGACUGUCAUAUGAGGAAAGAUUGAAAAGGCUAGGCUUGUAUUCACUGGAGUUUAGAAGGAUGAGGGGGGAAACUUAUAGAAACAUAUACAAUUAUAAAAGGACUGGACAAGCUUGAUGCAGGAAAAAUGUUCCCAAUGUUGGGCGAGUCCAGAACUAGGGGCAACAGUCUGAGAAUAAGGGCAGGUCAUUUAAGACUGAGGUGAGAAACAACGUUUUCACCCUGAGUGUUGUGAAUUUGUGGAAUUCCCUGCCACAGGGGGCAGUGGAGGCCAAAUCACUGGAUGGAUUUAAGAGAGAGUUAGAGCUCUAGGGGCUAGUGGAAUCAAGGGAUAUGGGGAGAAGGCAGGCACGGGUUAUUGAUAGGCGACGAUUAGCCAUGAUCACAAUGAAUGGCGGUGCAGGCUCGAAGGGCCGAAAGGCCUCCGCCUGCACCUAUUUUCUAUGCUUCUAUGUGUCUAUGUAAACUUGCUUGCUCAGUAACGGAACACCACGGACCCCCUCUGGCACUACCAUUGAUAUUUUUAUAAUUAUAUUUUCCAUUAGUGUUUAGUUUGUGCGCGGUUGUAUUUUAUACUGUUUGCCGUUGUUUUAUAUAAUUGAUGUUUGGGGUAUGGUGUGUGUCUCCGUGCCUGAGUGGCUGCUGCAAGCGAGAUUUUCAUUAUCCUGAACCUCGCAGUAAUGUGCAGAUGACAAUAAGGUUGACUUGAAUUCCCGCUCAGACUCUCCUGUGCUGGGGAUGAGUGAGAAAUGGAGGCCAGGAAUCUCGGUUGCACAUCGGAUAAACAGGGGGAGAGAGAAACAAGAGCAAAUGAAUGAGCAGAGGCCCGAGAGACAUCGUUCACUGUUAUUUCACUGGCAAAUAUCAUCUCACCCCCUGAUUAUUUUUAUUGUCCCGGCAUCGUUUGACUUCAGAAUCAUUUUCUGUCCUUUGACAGUUUUGGUGGUGGGCGACUGAAGAAAUUCCCGGGAGAAGGUUUGUCCUGGACCCGACCCCCGUGACCGGGGACUCAAGGAACAGAUUGUAAAGGGAGCCGGGACCCUGUCCGGUGCCUGGAGUCCUUUGGCCACCGGUUGCCCUUGGCCACCCCGCUCGGGAGGCAUUGGAGCGAGAGGAGGCGUUUCCGGGCGGCACUGAUCCCUCCACUGGGAUGGGAAUGGUUCACUGCGCUGUGUUGUUACUGCACGGGAUCCUAAGCUCAGUCCACGGUAAAUUUGCCGUAAUUGUACUAGGCGAUGGUUUUGUAGCCACUGUACGUUCAGAUGUGGUGUUGGGAUGUCAGCUUGUCCCGGAUAUAUUGACCAGCAACAUGGUCGUGCAGUGGAGGAAGACAGGUCUCAUCUCGCCAGUCCUCGUGUACAGGCACGGACAAAGUGACACCCUCGCUCAACACCAGGAUUACAGAGCAAGGGCCGAACUGUUUAAAGAUGAAGUGGCCAAAGGGAACAUUUCCCUCAGAAUAAAGAACGUAAGAAGGUUUGAUGAAGGGGAAUAUACAUGUUCAGUUACAGAGGGAACCGAGUAUGAAACAUCUCCAGCUCAACUACAAGUUCGAGCUUUGGGGAGUUUGCCCCGGAUUCGGUUGCAGGGAUACCAGGGAGAUGGAAUCCAGCUCGUGUGUAAGUCCGAUGGAUGGUAUCCUGGACCAGAGAUGCUGUGGUUCGGCGAGGAUGGACAGGUUUUACCACAAACUGAACCAAGGUUCCAUGAAGAUACGAAGGGUCUGUUAAAUGUGGAGCGCAACGUCACAGUAAUGAGGCAGUCAACAAACAAGUUCAAGUGUGUUGUUCAAUACAGAUGGUUAAACAUACAACACGAGGCAAUUGUUAAAAUAUCAGAUAAUAUAUUCCCUGGAGUUCCUGACUGGGCCCUGCCGCUGGUCCUCACCAUUUGUCUUCUCAUUGCCGCCCACGGUGCUUUGUUUUAUUGGAACGUGAAACAAAACCGACGCAUUAAAGGUACGUUAAACAACAGCGUAAGAUGCAGGUCAGGAAAUCCGGGCAGGAUUCUCCCAAAUUCCCACUUUCGCUAA